AUGUCGCACUCAGAUGAGAAAUCAUUCUCCGUAGCACGCACCCUCUUCACCGGCACGGUGUCUGGCAUCGUCUGCAAGUUCGUGGAGCAGCCCUUCGACACCAUCAAGGUGCGGGUGCAGGCCGGGACGAAGGUGAUGUCGCCCAGCGGCGCGAUGGUGCCCGAGUUCAACGGCCCGUGGGACUGCUUCGUCAAAACCCUCCGGCGCGAGGGCUUCACCGCCCUCUACAAGGGUCUACCGAGUCCGAUGAUAGGGUCAGCGAUGGAGGUGGCAUCGAUGUUCGUGGUCUACAACGCGGCCAAGGAGGCGCUGAUGGACCCCGAGACCCACCACGUCAGCCUUCCACGCGUCUGUCUCGCCGGCAGCAUCGCCGGCGUGGCGACGGCGACGUUCCUUACGCCGGUGGAGCUGAUCAAGUGCCGCUUGCAAGUCCAGACCGGAGGCGAAGCCGGUCACGCGGCGGCCGGGGCUGCUGCUCGAGGGGCGACCCCGCCCGCGGCCUCGGCGAUGUCGGCCGCGGCGGCAGGCGGCGCACAGCAGCAGCUGCGGUACCGAGGGACCAUGCACUGCAUCAUGCACACCCUCAAGACCGAAGGAAUCCCCGGGCUCUGGCGCGGUUGGUGGAGCACAUUCUUUCGGGAGUUGGUGGGUACGGCGCUGUGGUUCGGAACCUACGAGACCGUGUGCCGGACGCUAGCAGCGGACGCAGGCGACGCUUCUGAUGCUCCACCACUGAUUCAGCUGCUGGCCGGCGGCUGUGCGGGGUGCAUAUACUGGGGCGUGCCCUACCCGAUGGACACGGUGAAGAGUCGAAUCCAGAUCAAGCAGGCCACCGAGCAGACCUCCAUCUUCAAGAUGUUCGUUGAGGUGCUCAAGGAGGAGGGAGUCAGAGGACUCUACCGGGGGAUUGGACCGACGAUGAUGCGCGCGAUCCCAGGAUCGGCCGUGGCGCUCUUCACCUACGAACGGUCCUCACGAUUUUUGGAUUGGCUCAAGGAGGAGAAGCCACACCUCUGUCCCUCCUUCUUCUAA